CUUUGGUGUGUCCAGUUGUUCACCAAACCCUCCCUCCUGUGUUUUCUUUCGAUACAAAUUUUCUUCCCUCUCUAUCAACAAACACACCCCAGUCAGUCAGAGAGCGACGAGAGAGAUGGGAAAGUACAUGAACAAAUCUAAAAUUAAAGGUGAUGUGGCCGUCAUGGACGUCGGCGUACGGACUCGAGCCAAAACCCUAGCUCUUCAGCGCUUACAAUCCCAAUCUCCAUUUCAACAACAUCAUGAUUCCUCUUCCCUCUACUACCUCCAGCUCCGGAGCCGCCGUCUCGAGAAACCUGUCCCUCCCGCAUGCAGGGGAGAUAAUCACGGUUCGCGGCGUGAAAUCGAGAAGGAAUACAAGGAGGAGGAUGUUGAGGCUUCAUGCGGAGAGAACUGCUUGGACUCUGGAUCCAGAGACCGGACUACUAGGGAAAGCACACCAUGUAGCUUGAUAAGGGACCCGUCCAAAAUUGUAACCCCUGGUUCCACAUCGAGGCGGAAAAGUUCAGUCAUAGCUAAUCGGGGAACUAAUAAUGAUAUCCAAAAUAAUAACCCAAUAAUGCUUGAAGUGGAGGAGUUCUUCGCCUGUGCAGAGCAGCAGCAACAGAGAGAGUUUAUGGAAAAGUACAACUUUGACAUUGUGAAUGAUUUGCCCCUUCCUGGACGCUAUGAAUGGGUGAAGAUAUUCUAAUAGUGAAGUUCUGAUUCAUUAGUAGGUUUCUAUUCUAUGCAAAUCCUUAAUUGGUUUUUAUGCUAAGUUUUUCAGAUGACGUAUGUGAAUCUGGACUCAAAUAUUUUCUGGUUAUUCUGACAUUGUAUAGUGAAUUAGGGCCAUUGAAGCAGUGUACUUUGCAACAUCUGCAGCAUAACAGAGCAGAUGAAUUACACCUGACUAUGAUUUGAACUAAUGGGGGGAAAGAAGUGUAUGCUUAGUUUAGGAUUAGUUUGGCUUCAGCUUAAUUUGUAAUCUUCAUAGGAUGCUAGAUUUUAGUUUUGUCCAUACUUUUGACGGGGUGACCCCGUGAAUGCUUUUCUUGAAUAAAUGUUUCUCAUUUUCAUUUUAA